AUGUCAAAUCCACAGCAAUUUCAAUGUCGCAUGUACGAAGCGAAAUAUCCCGAAGUUGACGAUCUUGUCAUGGUCAACGUUCGGCAGAUCGCUGAAAUGGGUGCCUAUGUUAAACUGUUGGAAUACGAUAAUAUUGAGGGUAUGAUCCUUUUGUCUGAACUAUCAAGAAGACGUAUUCGUAGUAUACAAAAGUUAAUUAGGGUUGGAAGGAACGAAGUGGUAGUAGUAUUAAGGGUGGACAAAGAGAAAGGUUACAUUGACUUAUCCAAGCGUCGGGUUUCAGCCGAAGACGUCGCGAAAGCCGAAGAGAAAUUUAAUAAAUCUAAAGCACAAGACCUUGUCCUCGAGGAUCUGUACAAACAAAUUGGUUGGCCACUAUACAAAAAAUAUGGUCAUGCAUAUGAAGCAUUUAAAUUAGCGAUCAC